CUCGACUAGCAUUCAGUGAUCGUGCCUCACCACGACACACCUGUAUGCACCCUACCAUGCUCCUUUGCUAGCACACCGCCGCCAACAUGCCGACUGUACCCUUCAUCGGCAGGCUUCACAUCCACGAAUACCUCGCGCUCGGAGGUUCUUUUGUCUUGCUCUUCCUCGAGCUCGUCAUUCGCACCAUCACGCUCCUGCUCCCGACUCCAAUUAUUCGACUGGGCUAUCGCGUCAGUCGCAAUGCUUUCAACCGACUGUCCUCGCCAUACUCUCGCCGAGCGCGAAAUAAGAAGAAGGCCGUCUCGAGUCCAAUCGCCCAAGCCGACGACUUCGUUGAGCUCUGUGAGCUGUACGGAUACUACGCAGAGGAGCAUGUCGUACAGACAGAAGACGGAUACCUACUCGGAGUACACCGUCUAGGCUGGAGAAAAGGCGAGGAAGGUCAGAAGGUCAACUCUGGACCGGGAUCUAUCCAGAAGAAGGUGGUUUACUUACACCAUGGAUUGAUGAUGAACAGCGAGGUUUGGGUGUGCAUUACAGAGCAAGAAAGAUGUCUUCCAUUCCUACUUGUCGACCAAGGAUAUGAUGUCUGGCUGGGAAACAAUCGCGGGAACAAGUACUCCAAGAAGAGCCUGAACCAUGGCCCAACGGAGAUCCCGUUCUGGAACUUCAGCAUGGAUCAGUUUGCCUUUCACGACAUUCCCGACUCGAUCAAUUACAUACUCAGCACUACCGAGCAGCCUAGCCUAUCUUACAUUGGAUUCAGUCAAGGCACGGCACAGGCGUUCGCGACACUCUCCAUCCAUCCCAUGCUCAAUCACAAGGUCGACCUGUUCGUGGCUCUCGCACCGGCAAUGGCUCCGCCUGGCUUGGCUUCCGGCAUUGUGAGCUCUAUGGUCAAGUCAAACCCCGAAGUCCUGUUCCUCGCUUUCGGACGGCGCGCCAUUCUGGGUAGUACUACGAUGUGGCAAGCUCUGCUGUAUCCCGGCAUCUUCAGCUGGGUGAUCGACUUGGCUCUAGGAUUCCUGUUCGGCUGGAAGAUGAAGAACAUAUCACCUCAUCAGAAGCUGGCUGCCUAUCCACAUCUAUACUCUUUCACGAGUACAAAGAGCGUAGUGCAUUGGUUCCAAAUCAUCCGCAAUGGGAAAUUCCAGAUGUACGACGAUGAGGUGACCAGUCCGACGAGUUUCAGCACAGGAAGCAAGUAUUACAAAGUGGCCAAGUUUCCAACAAGGAAUAUCAAGACCCCUAUUGUACUGGUGUACGGCGGCAGCGACAGUCUCGUCGACAUCAACCUCAUGUUGAAAGAACUUCCCAAGCACACAAUCGCGAAGUGUGUCCCAAAGUACGAGCAUCUGGAUCUCCUGUGGGCCAGCGAUGUCGAUACACUUGUCUUCCCGCACGUUCUUGAAGCACUUGAUAGCUACUCUCAGCCCUCUGCCACCAAGCGGGACGCCCUCGAGUGGCACAAAUCUCUUGCUCUUCCUCAACGCAACAUCUUCGACCCAGCUUUGAGUAAUGGUUCUCUACCUCCUGGCUACUCCGAAGACGAGCAUUCGUAUCGUAUGCCUCAGACUCCAGCUAUAGAAUACGACGUGCCUGUCGAAGAACAAAUGGAUGAAAGCGACGAAGAGGAUUACAUGGACAAUGGACAAGGUGGCCUGGUGCUCGCACCUUCCUCUUUUGCGCACUCCUCUUCCAACCCUCCACCGCCGAAAAAUGCUCUAGGUUUAAUGCCGAGCCCUAGUGCUGUCGCUGAUACCUGA